UGGCCGACAUGAGCUCAUUUCCGUCCGCCAGCACAAGAACAACAUAACAAUUUAAUAAACACUGCGUCAAGUAUUAGUCCGUAAUGGAAGUUUGUGUUGACUCCGUCGAGUCAGCAAUAAUUGCUGAAAGGGGUGGUGCAAAUAGAAUAGAACUUUGUAGUGGAUUAAUGGAAGGAGGAAUUACCCCCACUCAAGGUUUGCUAAAAAUGGUGAGAACAGAGUGUAGAUUACCAAUAUUUGUGCUGAUUAGACCAAGAGGUGGCGAUUUCUGUUACUCUAGUUUUGAGCUUGAGGUGAUGAGGCAAGACUUGUUGUUGGCAAAAGAUUGUGGGGCAAAUGGAAUUGUGAUUGGGUUUCUUAACAGAAAAGGAGAGAUUGAUGUUGAAAAGUGUAAAGAGUUUAUUUCCCUAAGUCGACCAUUAGAAGUCACCUUCAGUAGAGCGUUUGAUAUGGUUGCUGACCCUUACAAGUCAUUAGAAGUUCUAAUUGACCUUGGUUUUGAACGCGUUCUCACCAGUGGUCUUGACUCGUCAGUAUUAGAAGGUCUACCAGUUAUUAGGAAACUCAUUGAGCAAGCUAGGGGGAGGAUCAUUGUUAUGCCAGGUGGUGGAAUCAACGACAGGAAUUUAAGACGAAUACUUGAAGGCUGCGGAGCUAAUGAAUAUCACUGUUCGGCUCGGACAUCUCAAGACUCUAAAAUGUUGUACAGAAAUACAAAAGCUUUCAUGGGGGGUGUGCUAAGACCGCCGGAAUUCGUUCAGAAAAUCGCAGAUUCAGAUUUGAUAAGGAGGUUGGUGGAAGAACAUAGCGACAUUUUGAAAUGAGAGCAGCAAACAAGAAUUGAGUGAUAUUUGUUGGAGAUUGGUUGAAGAUGUUGUUAUACUGAACAAAUAUGGCAGUCAAACUUUUUUGACGUGGUAGUUGCAUGUAUAAUAUUCACCACAGUAGAGCCAAUCACAUGGCUUGAAAUGCCAUAUGUUACAGUCAACCCAAUUACAGAGAUGAACAUGUCAAGAUGUUAACAGACCUUUACAACUGUCGAGGUAAAGGUCUUGACUAUUAGAUUAUGCUGUGAUCAGCUAAUCAAGAUGAAAAUAUAAGGAUGUUUAUUUUUUUAAACAAAUUCAUAAUGCAGACUCACCCAUGAAGUUUAAAUAAUUUGGGCUGCUAUAUUACAGAUGAGAGCAAUGUGCAUGUAUGGAAAAGCAUGAGAACAGAACUCAGUCAUUUAGAUUGAAGUACCAUACUGUUCUGAUAUAAAUACAGUAAUAAUGUGUUGAAAUUGACAGAUUAUCAAGGAAUUUUACUAAUGUAUGUUUAAUAAUAAUAAUAACAAUAAUUUUUUUUUUUAACAUUGUUUUUAAAGUAUAAUGGUAACAUUCAACAAUUUACCCUUAUGCACUUUUUGCAAUCAGAAUGUUUGCUAGGUUGAGCACAAUUUUUAAAAGGAAUUUUUACUCAAAAGUUCAAAAUCAAUCAAAUUUUAUGUUUUGUCAAGACUCUAUUUGGACGCUGUCAAGAUGGGUUACGGUAGUAGUGCGACAGUGCGACGACAUUGUUACGAAUUAUUAUGAGUUACAACAUUUUUAUGUUAGUCACAACAUUACUAUGACUUACAUUUACAAAAAUUUUAUUACAUCAUUACAAAUUUGCAUGACAUCAGUACGACAUCAAUAUGAUUUAACAAGACGUCUUUUAGAUUUAAUUAUUCACAAGACAAAAACGGCGCAAUUAGCGAAUAUUUUAAUGAUUUUGUCGGCUUAGUUGAUAUUUCACCAUGUUCAAAAAACCUGCAAUAUAUGCAAGCUGCUGCUAAAGAAAAAGAAAAAUUUGCUGGCUGCAGCACCUUUGAUUUUUCAGUGUAGGAAUCAACGUAGAUGUCAAAGACAAAGUAUGGGUGAAACCAUGUCUCCUACUCUAUGCCAUCCAAUUUUUGGUCAGUACAAACACCUUCUAGUGCAGUUAAAUCAAGAAGACCCUAGAGAGGUUACAAAGACUUUUGCCAUGUGACCAAUGAACUUUUUAAUUAGUUGUUGGAAUGCAGAAAUGGAUACAUACACAAAUGAGUAUGAAUACCCAAGAUGCUGUCACAACAAACCACAACAGCAUUACGACACUCACACAAUGCUGCUGCGUUAGACCAGGAUUUUUUUUCACAGCUAGAGUAGAGCACAAUUUUUCUUAACACUCCAAAAAAAUUGUGCUCCUUCACAAUGGCAUCAAGAUCCAGUACAGUGUGGUAUUGUUAACUAUGAAAUUUAAUAUGAUGCCAUUGUAAUUUUUUUUUUUAUUUAAAAAUCUUGCGCUACAAUAGUAAAAAUCGUGAAUGUGUGAAAGGGACAUUAGGGUCUGUGAUAGAACUUUUCAUGAGGUAUUUUCCGAAGUAAAAUUGCUUACUGUGCAAACAUUUUGAUCGUUGGAAAAACUUGGCAACAUGAAAUUCUUUAUACUAUUUAUAUAAAUUACUCAACGAAAACAA